AUCAUUGUCAUGUACGUCAUCAUCAUUUCCGCCGGAUUCAUCAGCAACUUCAGUGUCAUUCUCGUCAUCGGUUGUUCGAAAUCUCUAAAAUCGGUCACUAAUUUGUUCGUUGUCAGUUUAUCGGCCAGUGAUUUAGCGCUAUGUUUGUUCUCGCUGCCCAUUCAGCUGCACUAUCAACUUACUGGCAACUGGGCUUUCGGUAAGCUGUUGUGUCACUUGACGCUGCCUGCAAUGGCGAUACCGAUGUUUGUAUCGACGAGUACAAUAUUCAUGAUCGCUUUCGAUCGGCACCGGUUAGUGGUGCAUCCCUUUAAGAAGAGGCUGACCAUAAAAAAGACGAUACUUGUGAUAAUUUUCAACGUUAUGCUGUCCGUCGUGUUCGCAAGUCCUGUGCUCUAUUUUACCGAGUAUUAUCAGCUGGAUGAGUUUAAUAAAUUCGAAUGUAGAGAGCACUGGACUGUUCAUGCAAACAUUCGCAAACUCUACAGCGUUUUUGUGUUCAUUGUUCUCUUUUGUUUGCCUCUGUUCAUCACCGCGAUCUUAUAUUUCCAGAUCUACGUUUGUUUAGCGAACAAAUCAUACAAACCAGGGAAAUAUAAAAACAGCAGCAGCAGUAUUAAGAACAUCACUGUCGUCAAACGUCGCUUCUACAAAACGAACAGGAUCCUCAUGGCCACUGUUGUCAACUUCUGCGUGUGUUGGACGCCCUGGAAUAGCUUUCUCUUGCCCCACAUCGGGUUAUUGGACCUGAUCUUCAAAUGGAUGGCCAUGUUAUCGGUCUGCAUCAACCCGCUACUCUACUGCUGGCUCAAUGAGAAUCUCAGAUGCGAAGUC